UACAUACCUACUAACGAAACAGUGUGAAAGCUCAAUCGUUUAACCAUUUAUUAAAUUAGUUGUUUUUAAAGUCAAAUAACUCCAAUAAACUCAGUUACUACAUUAAUUUAAUUAAAAUGUGAUUUUUUUUUAUCAUAGUAAUAAGAACUGAAUAAAAACUGAACUGAAAAUCUCCCUUGAAUCAUUAAUAUUGCAGAAUUGAACUUAUUGAUUUUUCCAAGAGAACAUCUUACAAGGCGGGUAUUUGUAGUAAAUAUGCACGGAUUAUGCCCAAUUCCGCGGACAAUAAGGAUAUCAAAUGCCAUGCAAAUGGGGAAGACGUCAGUGAAAAACUUUCGGAGCAGCUCGGACAACAUGUUUCCGAACGAGUUAAACUGUUUGAGGCUCAUCAUCAAGCCCAUCAUCCAAAACCGCAACCACACAAGAUAAACAACAACAUACGCCAUGUGGUACCAGUAGGCUUGAUUAUUGUGUUAUUUACACUGUAUCUGGCAUUGCAAUCCAAAUACAUAAGUAGGGGGCAAGAAGAUAAUAGGCACGACGAUGCCAAAAGGCAAGAAUUAGCAGCGCUGGAAGUGGCUAAACGUAUCACAAUAUUAGAAAAGCUCUUGGAAUACAAAGAUCUUUGCACUGAGCUAGAAGUGUUUACAAAGGACAUAGAAAGGGAACACCCUCCCGAUGUAUCUGUAGACAUGAUCAGCGGUGGUGAGAAGAACGAUGAGUUAGAAAAAACUGAUUCAAAUACUGAAACUGUCGUAAAGAAUAAUAAUGCGGAUAAGGAAAAUUAUAAAAACAACCAUAGUAAUAUCAAUAUUAAACCUAACAGCAACAAUAAAAAGGGUCAACCAAUGCCGAAGAAGACGAAUACAGCAGAGCCCAUCAUUUAUUUAUUCGCAUUAGUAUUCAUAUAUUUGCUUUUGAAAGCAUUUUCAGACAUAAAUCAACACUAUAAAUCGAAAAACAAUGGGGACAAGCGACUACGACGUUGCUCAUUGCAAUCCUAUGCUCAGACUCACAAACAAGAUCGUCGUGCUUCUAAAGGCCUCCAUCGUAUUUUUACUCGUACUUACUGAACGACUCUAGCACUAUUUUUGGCAUUGCAAAAUUUUUAUAACGCAACUCCAUGCUCCUUUUAAAAUGUCUGCCUUUUUCUUAUGAACUGCACAGAAAAACUUAUAUUCUUGCAACUGUGUACAUCUGACUGUGAAAACAAUUUAACUUUAAUUAGUUGUAUUCUUGUAAUUAUAAUUUAUAAAUUUGUAUGUAUGUUUUAAUAUCUUUCAAUGUAUCAUAUCAAUAAAAAUGUCACUUUCUUUAACUGUAACUGAA